UUAAAUAAUUUUGUUUGCCAACAACUUUUGAAACAGAUUGAAAGCAUUCUCUGAAAAAUUCCACAAAAUCAUAGAACUGAAAAUCUUUACUAAACAAUGUCCCCUUCCGGCGAGGCCAACGCCCUUUGCCGUGUUUGUGCCGUCCCGUUCGAGCCCAGCACCAUGUUCCGGCUGUUUAACGAGCGGAAUGACCCACUGCCCAUAGCGGAAGCCUUCUGGAGAGUGUCGGAAAUCGAAAUCCAGGUGGAUGAUUCAAGAUUUCCGCAAAGUUGUUGCAUCCGGUGCCGGGACCGGUUGCAGGAAGUGGAGGAUUUGAGGGUGCUGUGCCUGGAAUCGGACCGGAAGUUGCGCAAAAUGAUUGGCUUGAGGAAGAAAGACGGAGAUAUCGAAAUGGGGGACACGGACGCGAUUGCCAAGGUGGAGUUGGUUGAAGCUUACGAACCUGAGUCGUUCUGGGAUGAUAUGGAAGAUAGAUUUGAAUCCAGCGAGGAGGAAAGCAAAUCGAAAGAUUUGCCUGGAAUUGAGUCAUCCCGAAGGAGCAGUCACAGAAUGAAAUCUGAAAUGAAAUUAUCUGACGAGCAAUUGAAGGAAUCAGAUUCUGAUAAGGAUACUAAUAACGGAAAUGAUUCGGACUAUGAUCCAGAUAAUGAAACAGUUAAAUACAAAAAAAGGCGAGGCAAGAACAAGCCUAGAAAGAAACGAGAACCUAAACCACCAAAGACUGACAAUGACAACGAACCGCCUAAAGAGAAGCCGCCGAGAAAACCCAAAUCGUUCCAGUGCCCCUGGUGCGGCCGAAUCUUCAAGGAAAGCAGAAACCUCAGAGAGCACGAAACGAGCCACUUCCCGGACAGAAAGAACCACAAAUGCCCCAUCUGCUCGCAAGAGUUCGCCCGUCGAAACUACUACCUUCGACACAUGAAAAUGCACCAAACGGAGAACCAAUUCAAAUGCAAUGAGUGUAACAAAGCGUUCAGUUUCGAAAAGCAGCUGCAGGAGCACAUCGGCGUGACGCACCGCCGCGAGCGUUCCCACCAGUGCAAAGAAUGCCCCAAAACGUACGUAACCGCUGCGGCGUUGUACAGUCACGUGCAAGCGAUCCACAAGCAAAACUUCCGCUUCAAGUGCGACGUCUGCUUCCGAUCGUUUCUAACGAGUACCGAUCUGGAGCGGCACAAGGAUCGGCACCGGGGCAUCAAAAAGAGCGCGUGUCCGCACUGCGACAACAAGUACGAGUCGAACAACUACCUUAGGCAGCACAUUGCUGAGAGGCACCCGGAAACGCUGGAAAAGCUGUCCCGGUGUCAGUACUGCGGGCUGGGCUACAACACGGACAGUCACUAUCGGCAGCACGUGGCCAAAAAGCAUCCGAAACACUUACCGGAGCUCGACCAGUGGUUGAAAGCGAAGCGGGGUGUGGUUGUUCAACCAGCUCCGGCGGAGCUUGAGCAGUCUUGAGAAGAAUGUUGUUAUAUUUGCAAUACAAAAUAAACUAAAAUAAAUUUGA